AUGGGCAUAAAAGGAUUUGGCAUUAUCUGUUCUGAAGGACAACCAUUCGAACAGAUUUUGGAUUUUUUACUACCUUUUAUGGAAAGGCCUAAUAUUAAAAUUGAAUUUUUACGAAUUGAGAAUACACAAAUUCCUGAGUUGUCAAUUGAUACUCUAGCUUCUCUACCAAUUCGUCACCUCAUUCUACGCAACAACACACUCUCUCAUUUUAAAGUUUUAUCUUCAAGUAGCACUGAACUCUCAAUAACCUCAACACUUUUUGAUAAUGUAGAACAAUUGGAAAUACAAAAUAAUGAAAUUGAAAAUAUUCAAGACUGUCCAGCUUUAACUUUGUUUACAAAUUUGCAGUCACUUUCCCUCGCUGGGAAUAAAAUAAAUAAAAUAUUAGACAACACUUUUGCUUAUUUUAAUUCACGCAAAACGCUUCAACAACUCGAUUUAAGCGAAAACCUUCUCUCCGACACUUCGAUUAAUUCCAAAGCUUUUGUUGGACUGGAAUUUUUACAAAAACUUUUUCUAGACAAGAAUCAAUUAAACAAACUACCAACCAAAGCUAUAGCUAAAUUAUCUGAUUCUUUACAAGAAUUGUUUGCAAGUGCAAAUCAAAUUGAUAGUUUAGAACCUGGAGAUAUUCCACCCCUUCCAAGGCUUAAAAGUUUGGGGUUGGAUGUUAAUCAGAUAAGUCAACUAAAUUCAAAUAUAUUUACUUCAAUACCUUCACUCUGGUAUUUAUAUUUAAGUCAAAACCAAUUUACAUUUAUUCCUUCUUCAAUUUUUGCUUCUAUACCUGAAUUAAAAGUGCUCUCAAUGGGUGGUAAUCCAAUUGAAAGGAUUGAAGAUAAUUCAUUUUCUUUUGCAAAUUCAUUACUUCGCCUAGACCUGUCUCACUGCAAAAUUAAUUAUUUAAAUAAUUGUUUCUCACCAAUUUCACGUCUUCAAUUUAUUAAUUUACGUGGAAAUAAAAUUAAAUUUAUUUCAAAUGAAUUAUUUGGGGGAGAAAAUUCAAAACUUGAAUUUCUUGUUUCUAUAGAUUUGGGACAUAAUCAGAUUGAAAAAGUUGAUAACUUCGCUUUUGCCGGUUUGCCCCAGCUCCAAUCUAUCGAUUUAAGCUAUAAUCAACUGAAAACAUUUGAUUCCAAUACUUUUAGGGGAUCAUUUUUGCAGUCAGAAAAUGCUGCAAAUGUGCAGAUACUUGAUUUAACUGGAAAUCCGAUUAAUUGCAGUCCAAACGAAACUGAUUGGAUAUUUUCAUUAAGGGGAAAAGUUCGAAUUUUGGGAAGUUGUUCCGGAAUGGGAGAACAACAACAAAAUAUUAUUGAAUUAGCAAAGAUUGGUGUUGUUGGUGAUGGAAAUAUAAAGUAA